ACAGCCACUGACGUCACCCAUUCAAAACACCAUAGGCAAGCCCAGACACACACCGACCGAUCGCCGGACAAGCGAUGCACGGUUUAUGCUCAUCCGAACCCAGACGACCUGUGGACCGGACGGACCGACGAGACGGGGACGAAACCGUCGCACAUCAACACUGAGCUGUGGCUAUUCGAACCGCGCUCCCUGGCUUCCUCAAAUACUUUUCGUAUACCUGUCAAGACGACAGAAGUGACAAGAUUCACGCCUGCGUUCUCUCUGCAGAUUUCUGGACAUGACUUUGCAGGAUAAACUGACAACAGCGGCAGCGACGGGAAAAACGGCAGAUGUGGAGGAGCUCCUGCGGGAAGGAGCUCAAGUUAACGGGGUGAACAGUUUCGGACGCACCGCUCUACAGGUGAUGAUGAUGGGGAGCACUCCGGUGGCUCAGCUGUUACUGGAGCACGGAGCGGAUCCCAACGUGACGGACAGAAGCACCGGGACCACACCGCUGCAUGACGCGGCCGGGACGGGCUUCCUGGACACCGCGCGGCUGUUGGUGCAAUUCCGGGCUGACCCGCAGGCCACAGACAAUAACAGCUGUCAGCCGAUCGAUUUGGCCAGAGAGAACGGCCAUGUCGAGGUGGUCGAUUUCCUGCAGUCGCAGUGAAACAGGCAGUGACGUUAAGAUAUUUAUGUUUUGAAUUGGGGACUCUGAGACACGGGGCCUGAAGAGGCCUGCAGACUAAAUGAUGUCGACUGUUCUGCUGUAAAACACUUUAUUUAUAGGCCUACCUCCGAUGUUUUGCUGAUGGGCAUCGUUAUUUUAUUUCUUAACGAAAUAUGGGUUAGAGUCGCUGUUAUGACAAAUAAUAAAUAUAGCCCAAUAUUACACAGAUCUAACGCCAGCUAUUUGGGAUAUUCAGUUUAUAGCGCCGUUAACACAAUUUGUUGCAUGUUGGUUUAUCUUCCCCAGUAUAAUUCAAAUAUUUCAAUUUGCCCACAAGUAAAUCCCAUUUUUUAUAAUGUAGUUUUUACUAUUGCUCAGUAAUUUGUAUUUUAAAAAUAGGAUUAAUGUUGGUUUUCGUCAUAAAUCAUAUGAGAAUGCCGUAUUUUAAAUAUGUUUCCAUGUCAAAUAUUUAAACAAAGCCCUUCAAAAUGUUUUGCACAUUGAACAUUAUUGUCCAAACGAUCCACAGUUCUGAAAGCAUGAUCUUUAUUCUGCAGAAACAUGGAGUCCCAAUUCCUGUUUGUACAAAUGCUUUUCAGAACUCGCUCAUUAUGCACUUUAAUAAAAUGUAAGAUUUAGUGUUUAACGGUAUAAACAGAAGAGAAGCAGGAGUAAUAUGCCGCACAUAUUGUCUGAAGGACGGAUUACCAAAAGGUACAAGACAAUAAAAAAAUAAAAAAUAAAAAGCAAGCCAUGAUUAUUUGACUAUAGGCUAAAUUUGAUAGAAGUUGAUUGACUUAAAGCACCAGAGUAGAUUUUUAUUUUUAUUUUUUGUCAACUAAAUAUGUUUAGAAAUAACUUUUCUAUAUAAGAAUGGACGUCGGGUUAUUGUUGCACACUGAAUGGGUCGCAAUUAUGAGUCAAUAGCCAAAGGUAAUGCGUCGCUGCUUUGCAGGUCAAAUAAGGACAAACAUGAAAGGAGACAAAAUAUUAUUAAAACACAACUAGACUCAUAAAAUAUAUGCAAGGCUUCUACGUUUUGGCGAGUUAAACAUUAGCUUGGUUUAGUUUAUUAAGCCGAGCUGUUUUUAUGGCUUUAUGAAACCAAAGGGAGGUUUGACAAUAGCACACAGUAAAGUCCCCAAAACCACGACGGGCAUAAAUAACGCUGCUGUUUUGUCUCUUGAGUUAAAUGUUCAUGCAUAGGUCCAGUAUACAGUCUUAGGCCUGAUAUUUCAACUUUACCAUGAAAAAGCGCUUUUAUCUCAACAAUAAAUCACUGAAUGUCAAACAGGAAGCUGUUUUUAGACAUUAUUUUUUAGACCGAGCAU